GUGUUUAGGAAAGGCUCUUGUGUAUAAGGGAGGAACCCUAAGCCGUAGGGCAUUUAGAAGGAGGAUUGCACGCCAUGACUCUUGUUAGGCGCGCCGCUCAGAGCCUGCUGUCAUCAUGGACAGCCCGAAGCUGCGGUGCCAUGCCAGAGCUCGUCCGUUGUAUGGGGACGGAGCGCCGUCCGGGAGAGUCGGGAGCUUGGAAGCAGGUUGAGCGUCAGCGGUAUGCGAGCGAUUGGGAGCACGACCCAACCUUCAAGCGCACGCCAAAGAACAUGGCUGAGGUCCUGGACGACAGCGCAUACAUGAUGCUGCUGACGGACAUUUGGCGUGGCUUUGCCUACACCCUGGGUGCCUUCUUUGACACCAAGGUCACGAUUAUGUACCCCUUCGAGAAGGGCCAGGUCAGCCCUCGCUUCCGUGGCGAGCACGCCCUCCGGCGUUACCCCACCGGGGAGGAGCGCUGCAUUGCCUGCAAGCUGUGCGAGGCGAUCUGCCCUGCCCAGGCCAUCACCAUUGAGGCGGAGGAGCGCGAGGAUGGCAGCCGCAAGACCACCCGGUACGACAUUGACAUGACGAAGUGCAUCUACUGCGGCUUCUGCCAGGAGGCCUGCCCCGUGGACGCCAUCGUGGAGGGACCCAACUUUGAGUUCUCCACGGAGACCCGCGAGGAGCUGCUGUACGACAAGCAGAAGCUGCUCGACAACGGCGACCGCUGGGAGACGGAGAUCUCCACCAACCUGCGGACUGAGUCGCUCUACCGCUAAGCGUGGCGGGGGUGAGGCCGGGCGGAUGCGGGUGUAAGUGGGGGGAGGUGGCGCUUCCUGGAAACACCUAAGGGGGCGGACUAGGUGCGCUGGCCCGCCUGGUGCAGGGGUAGGGGCGCUUUGCUAUGUUGAGUGCUUCAUAGGUGGCGGUAUGGGUUCGGGAGGUCCGCACCUUUGUUGCGGGGUUUGGAGCGGUUGAUGAGUGCUGGUACGACAUUAACCGGGCCCAUCGCCGCGAGGCUUACAGCUUAUUGACUAAAGUGAGGUUUAUAGCGGUCCUAGAGGAGUGUCCUUCCUGUAAGUAGGACAUCGUAGCUGAACCCGUCCUAGCAAUAGACUUGUGGGACUGUCAGCUGGAGCGCGAAGGGGACGCGCUUGGUGUAGUGUUACGUGCAUUACACACUGCAGCUAUGUCUAACGUUGCGAGCGAUAUGAUUGCAAGGAUUAGUUGCAGACGUGCUGUGUACAAGGGUCGUUGGCAUGAAGAUGACAGUUUUGUCUGUAAUGGCUGCGUGCAGUGUUUUCUGCAAAAUGCUUCCACACUCACCCGUACCUUCUCCCAUUAUUGCC